UAUUGUGAACAGCACAAAGUACAAAGAGUGAAAGAGACAAGGCCAUUCGAAGCGCCUACAGCCACAGACGCGUCGACACGACCACGUGGAUACGCGCGCGCUCCGUCGCGUCGAAGUUGUCCUCUUUCUCUCGCGGUUACACGCUGCUUGCCUUUUCGUGCCCAUCCAAAGCUGUUAGUAUCCAUUUUUCAAAGUAAUGCAACUGCAGACAACAUCUUACAAGUCGUUUUCCAUGUUGUCACAGCGAUACCCCUAGGUUAGAUUUAUGCAAUAGCCUGAGCCAUCAUCUACAAGUCACAGUUCCCAGCCUAAAGGGAUCCUUCGAGAAGAACAUCCUCUUUGUUGAAGUGCAAUACGUCUAAAGCGAUCCGGGUGAGUGGUUUGCUGGGGUCCCAAACGCAUACAUACUCAUCUUCAAUAGCUCAAUCAUGUCGCAACAGAAACAAGUCAUGUCAGGCCUGCGGUCUAUCAAAAGAGAUUUCUCUUCCAACCCUGUACCAUCAUCGAGUCAGGAUAGCACCCCAAGCUCUUCUCAAUCUGGUACACGAACGCUCUCUGGAAUGGAGAAACGUUUGAGAGAUAUACAGGCUGCACUAGAUGAACGUGCUGCAUGUACAGAGAAAGUCCUUGCAAGUUAUCCAAGCUCUCAAUCCGGCCUUUCUUCUUCAUCAUCAAAUUCUACCCUUAAACGUCCUGCCACGACACAUCCUGAACCCGCCAAUAAACGUCGACAACUGCCCUCUUCUUGGAAUAGGGACCCACCUACCGCGCAUACCACACAGUCGCGAAAUACCAUCGGCACCGUAACUCCCAAGACUUCUUCUGUCCCUACCAAGCCCGGCCUUGUGGCACUGAGCCAGGAACAGACGCAUAUAUUGAGACUUGUUGAGCAAGGCAAUAGUGUAUUCUAUACCGGAAGCGCUGGAACUGGUAAAUCGGUCCUCCUUCGCGAGAUUAUCAAGACUCUCAAGAAGAGAUACAGCAAGGUUCCCGACGCGAUUGCGGUGACGGCUUCCACUGGCAUUGCCGCUUGUAAUAUCGGUGGUGUAACAAUACACUCUUUUGCCGGUAUCGGCUUGGGCAUCGAAGAUGCAGAGCAUCUCGCAACAAAGGUGAAGAAGAAUAAGAAGGCUAUGGCACGGUGGCUAAGAACGAAGGUCCUGAUCAUCGAUGAAGUGUCCAUGGUUGACGGUGAACUGUUCGACAAGCUCGCAAGGAUGGGCAGCUUCCUUCGAAGACAUGUUGAGCCCUUCGGUGGUAUCCAGUUGGUUGUCACUGGCGACUUCUUCCAGCUUCCGCCUGUGAACAAAGGUGGACAGGUCAAAUUCGCCUUUGAAGCAGAGUAUUGGAAACAAGCCAUUAAGAAUACCUUCAACUUGACUCAAGUCUUCCGUCAACGGGAUCCCGAGUUUGUCGACAUGCUGAACGAAAUGCGCUUCGGUCGACUGACGCAGAAAAGCAUCAUGAAAUUCAAGCGCCUCGAGCGAGAAAUUGACUAUGAGGACGGUGUGAGUGCGACUGAACUGUUUCCCCGACGAGAAGAUGUUGAGAACUCUAACCGUCUUCGAAUGUCUGGAAUCCAAGGCUCUCACGAACACAUCUACACUGCUAGUGACGGUGGAGUGUUAUAUGGAACUGAUCAAGGCACGAAGAUGCUAGCGAAUUUCAUGGCACCACAACAGCUCAAGCUCAAAGUUGGCGCUCAGGUCAUGCUGAUCAAGAACAUGGACGAAUUUCACGUGAAUGGCUCCAUGGGUACCGUAGUUCAGUUCUCAGAUGGGACCGAUUGGACCGCCUAUCCCCCACCGGAGGAGGACGGGCCUAAGAAGCCAACAUCCAAAGGGCCAGCAGGAAAUGAGAAAAAGCCAGCAGGUGGCAUGGUGUGGCCUGUUGUGGAAUUUCUCACCAGCCGACGUCGGAUUCUCAUUCAGCCCGAGGUAUGGAAGGUGGAGCUGCCGAAUGGGGAAAUCCAAGUCAGUCGAACACAGGUACCAUUGAUCCUAUCUUGGGCCAUGUCUAUCCACAAAUCGCAAGGACAAACACUUGAGCGAGUCAAGGUCAACUUGGCCAAGGUAUUCGAGAAAGGUCAGGCAUAUGUCGCUCUGUCGCGCGCGACGUCUUUAGAGGGACUCCAGGUCUUGCAUUUCGAUCCGGCAAAGGUCAAGGCACAUCCCAAGGUCGUCGAAUGGAGUAGGACCUUGCAGACUAUUUCAGAGUAAACAGCACAAUGAGGAUCAUAGCACACAUCGCGUACCAUAUUCUUGAGCUGACUUAUGCUACUAUAUAUGUACCAUUAUCGACGGAGGCACCAUACAGCCACGCAUACGCUGUUAAUUGCUCUAUCCGUACAUACCUUUACAUCGAAGACGCGAAGAUUUAGACUAAGCUGGAACCGUCGAGGAUAGUACGUAAGAACUGU